AUGCGGAAGUCUAGUGGCAAGGCCAGAAAGCGUGGGCACAAAGGGUCCAGAGCUAUCACGGGCAUAUUUCCAAAGACCCCAAUCGGAGCUCUAAUCAGAGAGACAGCGUUAGAGCCAGCGACAGCCUUACUGGACGCUAGAGUGGCUCAAUAUACAGCAAGACUACUGACACUGCCUGACACGCAUCCUACAGCGCAGAUACUUCCAGUAACCCUUAGAUAUGGUGACCUCCACGCACAACCUGGAGAGCAACCGCUAGACGACCGUGAGUGGGCCUCUAGAGAUAACAAGGUGCCGAAUCGACUCAGCCAAAGGCUUGCAAAGCACCUCGCUCAACGGCUGAGCAGAGACCCCUCGGGAGGAAUCGAAAGGACUAAACAAUGCGAGCUUAAAGGCUUCCCAGGCUCGAUCCGAGUCCUUGACAAUGAAGAGGCCCUAACGGAGGCUAAUCAACAGCGCCCUGGAAUGACGUUUUGGUCCGAUGGCUCUAGACUCGAUACAGGACGUGCCGGCGCCGGUGUCGCUUUACAAGCUGUACCUGGAGGCCCCUGGGAACACGUCGAAGUGCCAAUGGGCCACGGACACGAGGUGUUUGACGCGGAACUAAUGGGAGUAGCUACAGCACUUGAAUGGGCACUUGAGAGGCAACCUCUCGGUCCUAUCUGGGUGUUCCUUGACGCGCAGAAUGCUAUUGAUCGCCUCAGAUCGACAAGACCAGCCCCUGGGCAAGCCCUUGUUCUUAGGGCUCACAGGGCAGUGGAGAAGCUAGCCAUGAGAGAUCAGCUAGUAACAAUACAAUGGGUUCCGGGCCACUCAGGAGUGGUAGGGAAUGAACAGACUGAUCAAGCUGCUAAACGCGCAGCUAGUAAACCAACCGCGCCUGGUUUUGAGCAGCUGCAGUAUCUGAAUGGGCUCAGUAUAUUUCGGAUAGCUUAUAACGAACUGAAGUUAUAA